UAAAUCCAUUCUUUUAUAUUUGCACCCUUUCGCAUUUAAAAGCUUCCUUCGACUUUUUAAUGGAGGCUUCGUAGCUUCGUAUAAUCAGAGCAAACACGAAAAACAUUAGUUUUCAUUUUUAUUUUCCUUUUCGAAACAAAACAAGACACCUGCAUUUAGCCUUCCAACUAGCAACAAGAAGCAAAAUAGGAGCUUAGUUUUCAGAGGCAGGGAAAGAAAGCAUCGUCAUGAAAGCUCUCAUCAAUUUCGAACCGUCUCUAUCUUCAAUAUAUUCAAUUCGAACCGAAAAUUCUCAAAAUUUUUACGGUUUAAGUUCCUUUCUCAAAUUUUCAACUUACAAUCAUAAAUGUUCUUUUCGACGGAAGCCUGGUUGUUUGACCGUUAAGGCUUCACUGGAUUCCGCGACGAUCGAUCAAAUAGGACUAAAAGAGUCCGAUAUUAGGAAUCCGGCGAUUUCUUCUUCCUAUCGGAGCUCCAAGUUCACGAAGCCUAACCAGACAGUACUCGAAGCUCAAACUAGGGUUUGCACGGGACCCACGCAGACCAAACCUCUUAGUGAAGAGCAAGCUUUCAAGGUGUUGGAUACCAUUUUAAGAUCAGCUAGGGGGGAAUUCAAAGAUGAAGAAGUUGUCUCUAAUUCCCAACUUGGGGCUUUUUUUGCUGCAAUGACAAUUCGUGCAAAUGCUUUUCCGGAGGCAACUCAAUGGAGUGAAGGAGAAAGGCGGGCGAUGAACAUUUUCUGGCCACUUCUCGCUCGUGCAUUACCACCAGAUGUAAUUUUCAUUGCAGAUCCUGAAGGCUCAAUUAUGGGAACCAGAAGUUCAAUUGGACCUCAAUAUGUUGGCAAUGGAACCAGUGAAAUGAGAUUGGUUGGUGCCUUGAGAGAAGUUCUGGCUGGAGGUCACCUUGGAUAUGAGGAAGUCCAGGCUGUCCUGAGAGAUGUUCUUCCACUGACAACAGAAGACAGCGAAUCCAUUGGAGUAAGUGACUCAUUGCUUUCAGCAUUUUUGAUUGGUCAACGUAUGAACAGAGAAACAGAUCGUGAACUUAAAGCCUACUGCCUUGCAUUUGAUGAUGAACUCGGUCCGCCACCGGUUGCUGAUGUUCAAUCAUUGACUCAUUAUGGUGACCCUUAUGAUGGAAACACACGUUACUUUAGAAGCACAUUAUUUGUUGCUACUGUUAGAUCUUGCUGUGGUGAAUCUUCAUUGCUUCAUGGUGUGGAGUGGAUGCCACCUAAGGGGGGUGUGACUGAAGAGCAGAUGCUUAAGUUUAUGGGAGCAAACACAAGCUUGUCAGUGUUGCAGGCAAAGAAACUCCUUGAGGAUGAGGAGGUAGGUUUUGCCUAUAUAAGUCAACGUGAAGCUCGACCAUCUAUAUAUUCAUUAAUUGGGUUGAGGGAACAUAUAAAAAAACGUCCUCCAUUGGCAACAACGGAGAAGGUUCAACAGUUUGUCCGGGCUCGGGGAAAAGAAGCAAUUGUGGCUGGGUUCUAUCAUGAAGGUUAUGAGCAGCCAUUACUAAUGCUUAUGAAGAGAAGAGGUGUUCAUUCUGGUUUAGUGGUGAAGGGUGAAGAAGGGUCCCUGUCGAUGACAACAAGAUUGCGAUCAAUAAAUUCAUCGAAAGGACUUCCUGUAAACUACUGUUCAGGAUUUCGUUCUUCAAGUGUUGAGUCUGCACUUGAAGCUGAUGGGGUGUCGCGUCAAAACUUUAGUAUUGAGGUGAAUGCUAGCGACUAUGGGUUUGAACCCACUGAUACUCCAAGAACUGAUAGAUCGAUUUCAAAGAAUAUAGAGCUUGGUUUGGCUGCACUCCGGGGUGAGAAAGGACCAGCAUAUGAUCGAAUUGUCUUAAAUGCUGGAAUGGUGGAUCACUUGUUGAGAUGUGAAGGCGCGGAAGAUGUAUCUUCAGCCAUGGAUAGAGCCCGAGAGGCCAUUGAUAGUGGUAGGGCACUCAAAAGGUUAUUAGACUACAUAAAGAUCUCACACAAAGUGAAGUAGUUGAAAAUUGAGCAAGCUUCAUUUUACAUACCAUACUUGUAGGUUCUGUAAUUUUGUCAUUAACGAAUUAGUAACCAGUUUGGUCAAGGUCUGUUUUCUUUUUUUUUUUUUAAAUAUUCUUUUCAGAAUUUGUUGUGUAAAGUUUGGUAUGACACUCACGCCAUAUAUAAAGAGAGUGUAAUUUUGUGGAGUCAUACAUAAAAA